GUUGCAGCUGGGCCUCGACGGUCGCAAGUCAGCCUCUGCUCGCCGGCGCCGGUGCAGGCCCCGAGCCGCCCGCUGGUCGGCGGGUGCCCCGGGCAGGAGGCCGCGUCACGUCCGCGGAGGCGGGCGGGGCGGGCCCUAGAGACAUGAAUCAAAGCAGCGAUGGAUGUAUGAAAAAGAUUACCAGUGUGAAUCUUGACAAACUUAUUCAAGACUUCUCACAGAUAGAAAAGAAAAUGAUAGAAACCACUGGAAAGAACAAUGUACUGGAUAUGCAGUUGGAAAAAACUAACUGUUUAUUAAAAGGAAUGCAAACAAAGGAGGUCUCACUUAAAGAAGAGUGCGCUACUCUUCAUAAUAUGAUAAAAGGGCUACAACAGACCAUUGAAUAUCAACAUAAUUUGAAAGGUGAAAAUGAACAACUAAAAAGAAAUGCUGAUCUUAUGAAAGAAAAGUUAAAAUCCCAUGAACAGGAAUACAAGAAUAAUAUUGCCAAACUUAUGAGUGAAAUGAAAAUCAAAGAAGAAGGACAUAAGGCAGAAAUAAAGAAACUUUAUCAGGAUAUGCAGAGAAAAGUUGAAUUAAAUGAAGAAAAGAACAAAGAGCUGAUAGAGAAAAUGGAGGUGGAAAUUUCAGAGUUAAAUGCAAAGUUAAGAAUUCAGGAAAAGGAAAAACAAAAUGAAAUCAUCAAACUACAGCUGGAGUUUGAUGCCAAACUAGCAAGAGUUCAGACUAAGUCAAAACCAUAUCCAGAUUCUACUGUUUUGCCACAGAGCAUCUACAGAAGGAAGCUUCAACAUCUUCAAGAGGAAAAAAACAAGGAGAUUGCAAUUCUUCGUAAUACCAUUCAUGACUUAGAGCAACGCCUCUCUGUUGGCAAAGAUUCUUACCUUAAACGUAGACGGUUUUAAGUAUAGCAGUAAACUCAUUCGUUGAUAUUUAAUUUGUUUAAAAGCAGUUGGAAAUUUUACUUCUAUUGUCAAUAUAACAUAGUGCCUAAAUAAUAACAAUGAGACAGCUGUAAACUUUUAAAAUUGAGUUUAUUGAAAUAAAUCCACACUUUGGCCAACUGUGUACUGCAUUCUUAAUAGUAUUAACCAUAAAGG